CCCUGGAUAUUAUUCUUUACUGUGUCAUAGAAGCCAGAUUUUAACAGGAGAAGUCUGUAUAAAAAGCAAUUGCUCUUUUGUUUCUGAAACAGGUGUUACGAGUGGAUAAAUAAUGUGCACUGCUCUGAGCCCCAAGGUACGCAGUGGACCUGGCCUCUCUGAUAUGCAUCAGUAUAGCCAAUGGCUGGCCAGCAGACAUGAAGCUAAUUUGCUACCGAUGAAAGAAGAUCUGGCCUUGUGGUUAACCAAUCUAUUAGGGAAGGAGAUUACAGCAGAAACUUUUAUGGAAAAGCUGGAUAAUGGUGCCUUGCUCUGUCAACUUGCAGAAACUGUUCAGGAGAAAUUCAAAGAGAGCAUGGAAGCUAGCAAGCCCACAAAGGGUCUGCCAUUGAAGAAGAUUCCAUGCAAAGCCAGUGCACCCUCAGGCUCCUUCUUCGCUCGAGAUAAUACAGCAAAUUUCCUAUCCUGGUGCCGAGAUUUAGGUGUGGAUGACACAUGUCUAUUUGAAUCUGAAGGCUUGGUCCUCCACAAGCAACCCAGAGAAGUGUGUCUCUGUCUGCUCGAACUUGGCCGGAUUGCAGCUAGGUAUGGUGUGGAGCCUCCUGGUUUGAUAAAAUUGGAAAAAGAGAUUGAACAAGAAGAAACACUUUCUGCGCCUUCUCCGUCACCCUCUCCUUCCUCAAAGUCUUCUGGGAAAAAGAGUACUGGAAACUUACUUGAUGAUGCAGUGAAACGAAUUUCUGAAGAUCCUCCUUGCAAAUGCCCAAACAAGUUCUGUGUGGAGAGGCUCUCUCAAGGGAGAUACCGAGUGGGAGAAAAGAUCCUCUUCAUUAGGAUGCUGCACAAUAAACACGUCAUGGUCCGUGUGGGAGGAGGAUGGGAAACCUUUGCAGGGUAUUUGUUGAAACAUGAUCCCUGCCGAAUCCUGCAGAUAUCCCGUGUGGAUGGCAAGACCUCCCCCAUCCAGAGCAAAUCGCCAACCCUUAAGGACAUGAAUCCAGACAAUUACUUGGUGGUGUCUGCCACGUAUAAGGCUAAGAAGGAGAUUAAAUGAAACUAACCAAUCACUACAAGGAGACUCUCAUCAUGGCCUGUAUCCACUUCUCCAGUGUAGCCAGUUUAGUUCAUAUGCUCUAAACCCGACUUUGGAAAAAGGUAUACCAGACAGGAAAAUGUCCUAUUAAAAAUGUUCCAAGAGUAGCACUAUUUAUUUUCAAUGCUUCUGUAGAAAAUGACUUAUUAAAAGAAAUUCUAAACUCAGAUUGAAAUUAGGCAAUAGUAGGCCAAUGAUUAUUUCUCAAUAUGUGAACACAGUAUUUAGAACACAAACUCUACUAGGCACACAAUUGUCUGUAGCUACAGGUUAAAAACUAUAGAUAUGAGAAAAAUGUCAACAGAAAGUGCUUGCUUUAUGCCUGAGUGGAAGCACCGCAGACAAUUGUAUAACGGAGGGAUUUUUAAGCUAUUUUUUACAAAGCAAUAACUAGAGUGAUAAUGUGCUACUAGAAUAUUUGACCACACUGUAAAGAAGUACAGACAGUUCAUGACAGUACUUUACUGGAAGGGCCACUUUGGGAAAGUUUACAUUCAUUUGGAAGAUUGCCUUAAAGUUUAUCUCUUAUCUAUGACCAAAUAUCUGGGGUACUUUUGGAAGUUUUCAGUACACCCCCUUCAAGAAUACCUUACGAGUUAUUUCACAGUUUCUAUGCACAUGGCUGUGUUGAGAAUGACUUAGUGUAAUUCACACACAUAAGCUGAUACACAUUUAUAUUUUGACAAUGAGUAAAUUGUACAGUCAAGUGUUCAUUGACUUCAUGUUAUUUUAAAGCAUUUUCUUACUCAAAUAUAUCUUUAGUUAAUCCUACUUUGCUAAGCUUUCCAAUAAAGUAAAUUCACUGUAGCUAAUGGUGUUACAGACGUAUGUAUACCCUUGUAUGCCUGGGACAGGGCUGUUUUGUACCAAUAAACAGCAAGAUAAUUGUCCUCCCUGAUUCAGUAAUUAAAAAGAUAAUUUUGAAAAAUGUUAUGUCUGUAUUUCAAUGUCUCUUUCUUAUCUUCAAAUGGCAAUAAAGUUAAUCUUCAGAUGGCAAUUUACCUGAAAGUUUUAAGAGUCCAAAUAUGGUUAUUUAAGACCCCUUCCCUUUGGGAAGGUGAGUGGUAGGGUUGUUUAUUUGCCCUAGUAGAGAGCUUAGAUUUUAUCAUAGGUAGAACCUUAAAGGCUGCCUUGAGUAUCAGAAUUACAGAUGGAGUUAAUAUCUCAUUUCUUCAUUUUUCAACAAUGAAAAAAGAAAACCUUUAUUGCUCUAAAAAGGCAAGGGGGAGGAGGAAUUUUUUUGUCAGUUAGUCAAAAUACACACAGCCUAUGGGCCAGCUGGUAGCAUAGUGGUUAAGCCACUGAACUCCCACAUGGCCAGCC